UCCUCACAGCUGGUACAUGUCUCAAACCUCUCCAUCAGUGAUUCAGAUGUGUGUCUGUCUCCUCGUGUGUCAGUUUGUCGUGGACUUACUUUAUUUUCUUCCAAUGGAUUCGGAGGAGUUAACUUUUUUAUUUUCUUCUGUAAAAUUCGUCUUUUUUCUACUGUUCGCCGUCACGCCUGUUCACGGUCAACCUCGAGUGAUCGGGUCCACGCAGCCAAUCAGAGCUUCUCCGGGCGACGACGUCAUCCUGCCGUGUCACGUGGAGCCUCCGGUCGACGUGGUCCGACUGACCGUGGAGUGGUCCAAGCCGGACCUCCAGCCCGACCCCGACGACCGGCUGGGCGACGUCGGGUACGUGCACCUGUACCGGGACCGGCACGAGGUCCUGGACAUGAAGAUCCCGUCGUACGAGAGGAGGACGGAGCUGCACCCGGACGACCUCAGACGAGGGGACAUAUCGCUGAGAAUGAUGAACGUCUCGUUGGAGGACGGAGGGAGGUAUCGAUGUUUCAUCCCGAAGUUAUCGAAGAGCAGAGUGCGGUCUUCGAUUAUUCGUCUCGUCGUUGAACCCCCCUCAUUACAAACUACAGAGACGCCGCUACUCUCCGUAACCCUCCACGCUCCUGAUCUACACGGGGACACAAACGUCAGAGGUGCAGGCGGUCCCUCCAGGAGUCGAGUGAUCCCAGCCGUGGUUUUGAUCGCCUUGCUGAUGAUGCUCAUGGGCGUCGGAGUCAAAGGAUCUCUGGCAGAGAGGUGUCAAAAACGAGACGUCACAGAGGUUCCUUCAGUGUAGAGCCAUUCACCGCACGGAGACGGCUUUGGAAACGGUCCUGGAACGCCGCCAGUCUCAAGUGGAAGAAAAUCUGUUUAAAUGUGUUUGUCAAGUCAGGUCAACUUUAUUUAUAAAACACAUUUAAAACAACUGAUUUUGACCAAAGAGUUUUUUACAGUGUAAAAAGUUAAAUAAUAAUAAGUGUUAAAAAAAAAAAAAAGACUGAUUACUGUGAUAAGACUUUUUACACCUCAGAGUACCUGCUGAGGCUGAAUGUGAAGGUAGAGGCUUUGUUUACUUUAAGUUGUAUACUUUUCAACAUCUGUCUCAGAGACGUGAGCGGAGCGCCUAUCUCGUGUUAACACACUAAGUUUAUAUUGUUUGUGUGAUUUGAAGCCGUAUUCUGUGUGUUUUGUUUGGUGUCGAGCACUUUUCCUACCUUGUUUUACCUCGUGAGUUUAAAUCUCCUGCACUGUUUCCCUCUCUGAGUUUAAGCACUGUGUUGUUUUGUGUUAGCAGGGAGAGAAAUCACAGCUGUAUUAUUUAUUGAUUAUGUUGAUGUUGAAAGAUUUACUCCUCUGUCAUCCUGUUUUUUAUUCAUUUAUUUUUCCAUGUUACACACAUAGCGCCUCAAAUCUCCAGAAGGAGUCGCUGCACUUUAUUGAAAACUUUCUCUCAAAUGUUAAACGACAUUUCCUUUCAGUCAGAUACAUUAAGUGAAGAUUGUCUGUAUUGUAAAUGUACGAUGCAUUCCUGUCAAUUAAAGCACAUUUCCACAUGA